GCCUUCGCUCCCGAAGCAACAAUUACAAAAAAAAAAAAAAAAAAAAAAUCCGGUGGGAAGGUAUUAAAAGAAUUAGAUAGAUGUUGAGAGCCUUGUCCCACUCUCCCUCUCUCUUGCCCAAUCUAUUUCUCUGUCUGCAAAGCUCCGAAACGCAACAAUGGCCCCGGGGUUGAUACAGACGGCAUUAGCUACGGCGGCAUCUCGUUACGUCUGCGCACGGGUCAUGGCUUCAUCAAGGUUCUGGACGAAGAGAACGAAGAAGGGUGCGAAGUAACAGAGGUUGUGGCGGCGGUGGCGCUGGUGAGUGUGUGUUUGUCGCCGUUGUCGGAGAUUGGGUGAUGGUGUGGUGGUGUCUGUUGGGUCGAAGAGAAAGGAAGGGGAGGGAGGGUAUUUCUUGGGGUUGGGUUGGGGAUAAGCUUGGAACACGCGGCAGACUAUCAGAAUGGAGGUGAAUAUUCACCAGCUAUAGAGAAUUAAAAAUCAAAUUCCAACUCCAAGCAUGCAAAGUCCAGCAGAGAAAAAAGCAGGCGUCCACACCUACGUAAGUCAAUGGCCAAUCUCCUCCUUAGCAUGGUCAGUCCGCCAUGACAAACCUUCACGCCUAGCCAUUGGCAGCUUCAUUGAGGACUACAGCAACAAGGUUGAACUAGUCCAGUUCAACCGUGACACAUCCGACUUCGCCACCGAUAGCCGCCUCAUUUUCGACCACCCGUACGCACCAACCAACCUCAUGUUCUUCCCCUCUGAGGACACCGCGAAUCCUGAUCUAAUCGCCACGUCCGGUGACUACUUAAGGCUAUGGGAGAUCCAUGAUGAUAGGAUUGAGCUCAAGUCUCUUCUGAAUAGCAACAUGAGUAGUGAGUUUAAUUCGGCUAUAACGUCUUUUGAUUGGGCUGAGUUUGACGCUAGGCGUGUGGCUACGUCGAGUGUGGACACUACAUGCACGAUUUGGGACAUUGAGAGGGAAGUUGUGGAUACUCAGUUGGUGGCUCAUGACAAAGAAGUGUAUGACAUUUCUUGGGGUGGCUUCAAUGUGUUUGCUUCAGCUUCUGGUGAUGGCACUGUCAGGGUGUUUGAUUUGAGAAACAAAGAGAGGUCUACCAUAGUUUAUGAAAACCCUACUCAAGAAAGAUCUUUGUUGAGGCUAGAAUGGAACAAACAUGACCCAAGAUUCAUUGCCACAGUUGGAAUGGACAGCAACAAAGUGGUGAUAUUGGACAUCAGAUUUCCCACAUCACCUCUGAUGGAGCUCAAAAGACAUGGUGCCAGUGUGAAUGCCAUUUCAUGGUCUCCAGGGAAAGGACACCAAUUAUGUUCGGUGAGUGAUGAUUCAAGGGCUCUGAUUUGGGAUGUGGUGAGACAUGGAUUUCAGUCCAAUGGCGGCGGCGAUGCGGAGCCGGAGAUGUGGUAUGGAACGACAGCUCAGAUUAAUCAAGUGCGUUGGUCUGCUUUAGAGUUGAACUGGAUUGGUAUUGGCUUUUUGAACAAAUUGCAGCUCUUGAAGGUUUAAUUAGAAUAUUUAUGGAAAUAUAUUUAGGGUAUCACUUGCAAUUCCAUAUGCUAAAUGUAGAGUUUUGUAAUUAAGAGAAAAGGGAAUGGGGAGUUGUGUGUGAGAUGAAUCCCAAUGCCAGUGUCAUGACUAAGAGUAAAUUUGUUGUGUGAUCCAUAUAUAUAUAUAUAUGUUAGGAUUCGAGGACACGCUUUUGACACAUAUUUUUGUGUAAUUCACUUUGUAAUAUAUUUCAAUGAUUCAACCAUCUAUUUUAUGUUUUUCCCUAAA